GCCAGCCUUCCACGUUUUUUUCCCCCCCUUCUCCUUCUCCCCCGCCCGGGGAAUCAAGACUCGACAGCUCCAGGUUGGCCAUCGAACACCCAUCGUCGCCAGCACGGAGGGGGGUGGGCAACUCACUGGACGCCGUGGUGGCGGACCGGCCACGACGCGUCCCCCAGCUGCACGACGAAAGGCGGGCCAGUUAAUUGCUUGACUUGAUCCUCUUCUUGGGCGGCGCGGCGUCCUGUGCCGUGCCGUGCUGCGUCCGCGACUCCGCGUGUGAAAGACUCGACCGGCAUCCCUGAUCCACAUGGCCUACCGACGGAAGCAGGGCGCCGCCGCCGCCGAUGAUCGCCGGAGCUCCUAUCCCCAGGACUCUGCUUCGUCGCACGGCUACACAUCGUUCAAGAGCAUCGAUGAGCCCAAGCUCGGGUUGUGGCAAACUUUGGCGAGCAAAGCCAAGGGAAUCCUCGACGACGACGGGUUGGCGCAUAAGUUUGAGGAUUUGAGGAAAGAACGACCUCGUAGCAACACCACUACUGCGUCCAGCAAAGAUCAGGCCCCUAAUAACUCUCGCUGGUCAUUUGAGAACCACUGGAAGGCUGGAGAUGCCGCAUCACGGAUCAGACCUGAGGCUCUUUCUGCAUCUGUCAACCAGCUUAGUGGAAAAAUAAAAAAUGCUUUCGAAGAAGGGCUCACAAUUGUGGAUAAUAAGACUUCCAGUAUCAUUGAGGAAACAAAGAAAAUUCAAAUUAGAAGGAAACCUGCUGGUUCAAGUACUUAUGUGCCGAAUUCAGCAGUAGAUACAAAUACACUCAGCACUCCUAAUCUUUCACUUCGUCAGCCUGAAUCUGCUGCCCAGGAGACUGGACUGAAAGCUUCUCGCGACGUUGCUAAUGCAAUGGCUGCUAAAGCAAAACUUCUACUCCGUGAACUGAAAUCUGUUAAAGCAGAUCUAGCUUUUGCAAAGCAGAGAUGUGCUCAGCUAGAAGAAGAGAACAAGCUCUUGCGAGAAACAAAGCAGAAAGGGAGCAAAACUGAAGAAGAUGAUGACUUGAUUCGUGUGCAACUGGAGACAUUGCUGGCUGAGAAAUCGAGGCUGGCACAGGAAAAUUCAACAUAUGCCCGUGAAAACCGCUUCUUGCGUGAGAUAGUAGAUUUUCAUCAAUUCACCACACAAGAUGUUGUCUCGUUGAAUGAUGGCGAUAUGGAAGAUAGUGAACCAGAAGAAGACAAUGACAUCAUAUGUGCUCAAAACGUGUUGCCUGUGAUUGAAGAAAAUUCAGUAGAUGAAGAACACUCCCCUGUCCCCUCCAGGCCAGAAUCUCCAAUGGUCAACCCGGGAGAUCCAUCAUCAACCAAAUCCAGCAAUUCUCAUGAUGCCUCAAAGCCAGAUGCUGAUGUAUCUGAUGUAGCAUGAUGCAUGCGACUUUGGUGACUUAGCCAUCUUGUUUGGGAUUUCAGCUGGCAUUGGUUGUGAGUUGCGUGCGUGUGCAUAAAAUUUUGUCCAUUCUUUGUCCACACUGGUUUGUAGUUGGAAGUUGUAACAUAUUUACAGGUUUCUACCUUUGUAUAGAGCACGUAUAGUUUGUUUUUUUCCUCCAUGGGGUGUUCUGAUGGAAAACUAACUCAUGUGCCCCGUGGGAGUUUAUUGUGCAUAUGGUUUGGUUUGCAUGUAAUUACCUGUGAAUUUGACUGUUAUAGGCAAGAAAGAAAUAUUGAAGAGUGAGGUUGCAUUGCAUGUA